GCGACAGCCUUGGCCGCAGCCACUUGUCGUCCCUCCUAUGCCCACCGAUGCGAUCAUGCGUCCGGACCGCGAGCAGCCUUCUGCAGGGCUGGCGGGCGCAACCGCGUCGCCCUCACGGCUUGCCUCACGCACACCCGUCGCCCGCAUACCGCGGCCCUGAGCGCCUCCCGUUGCCCGCAUACCGCGCCCUUGGACGGCUCCCAUCGCUGUCUCGAGGCUACGCGCAGGCCGUCCGGCCGCAGUCGGAGCUCGAGAAGCGCAUCGCCGAGAUUCCCAUCGAGCGGUACCGCAACUUCUGCAUCGUCGCCCACGUCGACCAUGGCAAGAGCACGCUGUCCGACCGCCUGCUGGAGCUCACGGGCACCAUCGAGCCCGGAGGGAACAAGCAGAUCCUCGACAAGCUGGACGUCGAGCGCGAGCGAGGCAUCACGGUCAAGGCGCAGACGUGCACCAUGCUCUACAACCACGGCGGCGACGACUACCUGCUGCACCUCGUCGACACGCCCGGCCACGUCGACUUCCGCGCCGAGGUGUCGCGCAGUUACGCUUCGUGCGGCGGCGCGCUGCUGCUCGUCGAUGCCAGCCAGGGCGUGCAGGCCCAGACGGUCGCCAACUUCUACCUCGCCUUCGCCCAGGGCCUGACGCUGGUCCCCGUGCUGAACAAGGUCGACCUCCCCCACGCCGACUCGCCGCGCGUGCUCGAGCAGAUGCAGGAGACGUUCGAGCUCGACCCCGGCGACGCCCUGCUCGUCUCCGCAAAGACCGGCGUCAACGUCGCCGCGAUCCUGCCCACUGUCAUCGAGAAGAUGCCCGCGCCCGUCGGCAGCGUCAGCAAGCCGCUGCGUCUGCUGCUCGUCGACUCCUGGUACGACGUCUACAAGGGCGUCGUCCUGCUCGUGCGCGUGUUUGACGGCCAAGUGAGGCCCGGAGAUAGUGUCCGGUCGUUCGCUACGGGCCUGAAGUACAUCGUCGGCGAAGUGGGCAUCAUGUACCCCGACCAGACACCCCAGUCCGUGCUCAGGGCCGGCCAGGUGGGCUACAUCCACUUCAACCCGGGCAUGAAGCGCUCUCAAGAAGCCAAGGUCGGCGACACCUACACCACCGUCGGCAGCGAGAAACUCGUCGAGCCCUACCCCGGCUUCGAAGAGCCCAAGUCCAUGGUCUUCGUCGCCGCCUUCCCCACCGACCAAGACAACUUCGAGCACCUCGAGGACAGCAUCAACCAAAUCAUCCUCAACGACCGCUCCGUCACCCUCCAGAAAGAGUCCUCCGACGCCCUCGGCGCAGGUUGGCGUCUCGGCUUCCUCGGCACCCUGCACUGCUCCGUCUUCGAAGACCGUCUGCGCCAGGAGCACGGCGCAAACAUCAUCAUCACCCCGCCUUCCGUCCCCUUCAAGGUCAUGUGGCGCGACGGCACAGAGAGCAUCAUCACGAACCCCAACGACUUCCCCGACGCAGACGAGUUCCACUUCAAAGUCCAGGAAGUCCACGAGCCGUACGUCCUCGCCACCAUCACCCUGCCGCAGGAAUACUUGGGCGAGGUGAUCAAGCUGUGUGAAGGGAACCGCGGCAUCCAGAAGGAACUCACGUUCUUCACCGCCUCCCAGGUCAUCCUCAAGUACGACUUGCCGUUGUCCCAUCUCGUAGAGGAUUUCUUCGGCAAACUCAAAGGCUCCACAAAGGGCUACGCAUCCCUCGACUACGAAGACGCAGGCUUCCACCGCUCCUCCAUCACAAAACUCAAUCUCCUCGUCAACGGCCAGCCCGUCGACGCCGUAUCCCGCGUCCUGCACACAUCGCAAGUCGACCGCGUGGGCCGGCAGUGGGUGGACAAGUUCAAAGAGCACGUCGAAAGGCAGAUGUUCGAGGUCAUCAUUCAGGCCGCCGCGGGCAGGAGGAUUGUGGCUAGAGCGACCAUCAAGCCGUUCCGCAAGGACGUACUUGCGAAGCUGCAUGCGAGUGAUUUGUCAAGACGGAGGAAGUUGCUCGAGAAGCAGAAGGAGGGGAGGAAGAAGCUGAGGGCGGUUGGGAAUGUGGUUGUCGAGCAGGAGGCAUUUCAGAAGUUCCUCGCCAAAUAGAGAUGGAAAUGUGCUUGUGAUUCAACAUAGAUUGUAUAGUACUGUAUAUGACGCGUAGAUGAGCGAACGAAUUGUGAUUGUACUACACCC